AUGCCAACUGUGAUGAUGGACUCUGCUGGUCACUUUAUUAUGCAACCAACGGGGUUUGAUAACAAACUCUCACCUAGACCAACAGGGUUUGAUAACAAACCCUCACCUAGACCAACGGGGUUUGAUAACAAACUCUCACCUAGACCAACAGGGUUUGAUAACAAACUCUCACCUAGACCAACAGGGUUUGAUAACAAACUCUCACCUAGACCAACAGGGUUUGAUAACAAACCUUCACCUAGACCAACGGGGUUUGAUAACAAACCCUCACCUAGACCAACAGGGUUUGAUACCAAACUCUCACCUAGACCAACAGGGUUUGAUAACAAACUCUCACCUAGACCAACAGGGUUUGAUAACAAACUCUCACCUAGACCAACAGGGUUUGAUAACAAACCCUCACCUAGACCAACAGGGUUUGUUAACACACUAGUUUUCUCACCCAGACCAACAGGGUUUGAUAACAAACUCUCACCUAGACCAACAGGGUUUGAUAACAAACUCUCACCUAGACCAACAGGGUUUGAUAACAAACUCUCACCUAGACCAACAGGGUUUGAUAACAAACCCUCACCUAGACCAACGGGGUUUGAUACCAAACUCUCACCUAGACCAACAGGGUUUGAUAACAAACUCUCACCUAGACCAACAGGGUUUGAUAACAAACUCUCACCUAGACCAACAGGGUUUGAUAACAAACUCUCACCUAGACCAACAGGGUUUGAUAACAAACUCUCACCUAGACCAACAGGGUUUGAUAACAAACCCUCACCUAGACCAACGGGGUUUGAUAACAAACCCUCACCUAGACCAACGGGGUUUGAUAAUAAACCCUCACCUAGACCAACAGGGUUUGAUACCAAACUCUCACCUAGACCAACAGGGUUUGAUAACAAACUCUCACCUAGACCAACAGGGUUUGAUAACACACUAGUUCUCUCACCUAGACCAACAGGGUUUGAUACCAAACUCUCACCUAGACCAACAGGGUUUGAUAACAAACUCUCACCUAGACCAACGGGGUUUGAUAACAAACUCUCACCUAGACCAACAGGGUUUGAUAACAAACCCUCACCUAGACCAACAGGGUUUGAUAACACACUAGUUCUCUCACCUAGACCAACAGGGUUUGAUACCAAACUCUCACCUAGACCAACAGGGUUUGAUACCAAACUCUCACCUAGACCAACAGGGUUUGAUAACAAACCCUCACCUAGACCAACAGGGUUUGAUAACAAACCCUCACCUAGACCAACAGGGUUUGAUAACAAACUCUCACCUAGACCAACAGGGUUUGAUAACAAACUCUCACCUAGACCAACAGGGUUUGAUAACAAACUCUCACCUAGACCAACGGGGUUUGAUAACAAACUCUCACCUAGACCAACAGGGUUUGAUACCAAACUCUCACCUAGACCAACAGGGUUUGAUACCAAACUCUCACCUAGACCAACAGGGUUUGAUACCAAAUUCUCACCUAGACCAACGGGGUUUGAUAACAAAAUAGUACUCUCACCUAGACCAACGGGGUUUGAUAACAAACUCUCACCCAGACCAACAGGGUUUGAUAACAAACUCUCACCCAGACCAACAGGGUUUGAUAACAAACUCUCACCUAGACCAACAGGGUUUGAUAACAAACUCUCACCCAGACCAACGGGGGAGGGGGCAAAAACAGUAUUGAAUUAUUUUUCCAUUUCUGUAUUUCCAGAAAAAGCCACACUAGAGGAGACGGAACGAACGUUAUAUGCCUUAAAGAAAUUAGCACAGAAUCCUGAAUGUACUCCUUCUCUCGUGGAUGGAUUGGCCAAUUACAUGCGGAUUAUUGUCACAGUGACAGACAGCUCUGAGUGUCCAGCCAUCGAGAAAGCCAUCAGUGAACUGCUAAAUCAGAUUCUGCAGACAUGCUAUGAUGAGUUACAGAGAAUCGAAAGUUUGGAGGAAAAGUUCAAGAUGUUUUUGCUGCUGACAAAACUAAUGACUACAGCUUUAGAACUUCUUCGUGGCGGUCAGUCGCUACACUUCACUGCUCUUAGCAUCAUCAAUCGUAUCAUUGACAUUUGUAUCGUCCAUAAGAACCAUGAGGUCACUUCCACUGAGUUUCUACAAAGUACAGACUGUAUCCCUUUACCACCAGGUGGUGCUGUUGGUCAAGACGGUGUCAGUCCUCAACUCAAAAGCCCGAAACACAAGACGUCGAAUAGCAGCCCCAAACAACGUGGAGGGUCCACACAAUGUGCCCACCAUCAUCAUGACGAUUCCGCCACAAGUGCCAACACCAGUGCUAAUACAUUUCAAAGAAUUUCCUCUGUUCAUUUCAGGAAAAACUUUGGAGGACAUUCAGAUGGAGGUGGUCACUCCGAAAAGACAGAUGAUACAGAAAAUACGGAUAAUACAAAUGCAAAUUCAUGUGGAACCAGCGUGUUAAAAACACCAUUGGAAUUUCUUACAACUUGUGAUCCUAGCCAGAUUUUAAGUGUGCUUCAUAACAGUAUCACCAUGCAUAAGCGUAUCAUUGGAACUCGACAGAAAUGUACACCAAGUACUCGUUCACGUUUCUGUACUCAUCAUUGUUUACAAAUCCUAAGUGCCCGGAUCCUUGUUGUAAUGAGUCAUGGACUACAGGUUCAGUAUCGUAUUGUGGGUGGUGGACAUAUCAAAACUCUCGUCGAGGCCUUAGACCCAAACCAUGAUCCACAUUUAUUGUGCCUACUGCUGCAGUCUCUAGCUUCCAUUGCCCUAACUCCUAGUCAUCACCAGGUUCUAAGUGAUGCUGACAUAGCAGACAUGUUGAUGCAGCUACUGUUGCCCAGCGAUGAAUGGUAUUACACCAAUCACAGUACCAAGUAUGCAAAGUUCGUCAAGUACCAUGCCGCUCGGAUUCUCGUGUACAUGGGCCUGUUACACAAACUUGGUGGUCGUGUUGACUUGUUUGACAGAAAGCCUUUCAAAGAACUGUCAACAAACGCCUAUCUACAAGUGCACUCCCCAGAGGAUAGUUUUAUAGAGCUGAUGGCCAUGGGCCAGGUUGUCAUGUGGAAUGAUAAUCAACAUCUACAGGCCGCUUCUCUCGAAGGCUUGGUGGCCAAACUAAUACAGGAAGCGAUGAAUGAUGAAAAUGAGGAUACAGGUGAGAUUUAUGACCUCACACUGUCUUCUUCUAUACAGAGUAUCUGUGGACUGAUGGACAAUCACUGUAGUACCAUGCUGACACCGUUCACAUCGCCGACAUGUUCCUUACAGUUCCUCGCGGAGACGGACAGAAAACCUUUCCGAGAACUCCUACUUAUGGGUCUUCCUAUGCUUGUUCAUCCAGUUAUUAUUUUACGUUUACUUGCUCAUAAGGUUUUUGGAAACAUGAUUCGGAGAAAGUCAUUAUUUGCAGAGACAAAAUUGAAACCACCACCUCCAGAAAAUCUUGAACAAGCUGACAUGUGCCCACCUAGGUGUAAUUCAGAAGCAGCCAAGUUACACGAUAUAAAACGUGAAGUGAAUCGUAGAAGAAGGUCUCAUCAUCCCAUCAUUACUAAAUCAUCGUCAGAGGAACUAGAUUCUCCAGCAAUAUUAAAUAGUCCAGUAGAACGAGAAUUUGCCAAGCAAAAUGGCAUUCAAACAAAAAAUGGCACCACUCAGCGAGCACUUCGUGCAAUUGGGACAAGUCUGGCCAAUCCCUUUGAUUCAGGUUUGUCUAAACAACAACAACAACAGCAACAACAACAACAACAACACAUACAAGUACAGCAGCAACAGCAACAACAGCAGCAGCAGAACCAGCAGACAACAGACAUUCACCAAGUUAAUAAUAAUGUCAGUAGCUCCGACUCUUCUGGGGAUGUUAAGUCAUCUGCAUCCAAAUCAAGACUUUUUCAUUGGCCAAGUAAAAAACGAUUGUCAAAGUCACAAAGCAAUGUGUCUUCUAAGGAUAGCCAGGACAUUAAUGCUGGAAGUUUAGACAAAGCCGAUUCCAAAUCAUCAGUAACAUCAUCAGAAAACGAUAUUGACAUACUCGCCUUUCAAAGAGAACUUAUUAACCUUCCAACAUUUGUAAUGGACACUCCAGCCACGGAUGUUUCUCCGAUGUUUUCACGCUGUAGUUCAGUGCCAGAGAAUUUAGCGUCAAGAAUGAGUAAUAAUGAUUCAACGACUCCAGAAAUGUCUACGUAUGGUUCUGAUCAUCUUCAUUUUGUGCAACGACGUGGAAAAGGCGAGGAAUUCGGUUCUGAUCAAGCUAUAAGUAAUAUGCCAAAAUCUCCAUCAAAGGUUACCAUAACAACUACUGACUUCACACAGCCUUCACAACAGUGUGGCGGACCUUUAGCCUUAACACUUCCGAUGCAGUCAUCGAUCGACGAUGUGGAGGAAAAUAUUGCUAAUAUCACUGUACGCUUUGAAGCCCCUGCGUCACCCAUUUCUAGUUCUAGUCAAAGUCCACAAGCAUUUGAUUUUCCAUAUCCAUUUGAACAUCUCAAACUUGCUGCCAAUAAUUGUUUAAUUAAUGAAAAGUCAUCAGCCAAUCAGGUAGCAACAUCAACGUCUAAUUUUCUCAUUCCUUCACCAACAUCUGCAGCAUCACCAACUGUAACCAUGGGUUCAACAGCAUCGCCAUGGUCACCAUCAUGUGUUUCACAAUCUUCAAUCACGACCAACGUACCACACUCAGAAAUUCCAGGGGCCCACCGAGGGGUAUUACGGGUAGUAGAGACAUGGAUACGUGUAUGUAGCAACGACCUUGACUGUAGCAGUCUCAUUGUUCAUGAGAUGCGGGACUUUCUCAGGAAAAUGUCUGUACUCGGACAUGAGUAUAAAGCUUGGUGCCAAAAAAUUGGAGGGCUACUCCAUCUAGAAGAAAAAAAUGUGAUGAAACAAAGAUCUCAGAAUGCUGAUGACCCAGAUAAUGUGAACGCUCAGUAUAAAAAGCUGCAGCAGCUGGUCGUCGGUGGCGACAUUCCGUGUUCGAAGGAGGAGGCCGCCACCCUAGCUAGUAUACAGUUACAUAUAGAGGAGGCCUGGCCUGAACACAACCUACCAAAUCACUCCCAUGCUAAACCCCCAGACCUCACCUUCCUUCACGGGGGCAAACUCAUCGACCACAAACUAUGGGCCAAAUCCACUGACCCACAGGAAAAUCUUCGUAAGCGAAAGGAGUUGAUACGAAACAAUCGUGCUGGACGUAUAACAAGUUCUCGUCGUAAAGGUCGUUUAGUCCGUCAGCUGUCUUGUGUCAGUAGUAAAGACCUUGAUAUCGGCAGUGAAGUGGAUCUCACCAAAUUUCUUCCACCAGAUUUUAACUCUUCAAAGAAGAUUCGCUGUAUCAUUCAAGAAAAGCAGAAGCAGCUAUGGCAUACUCCGUACUAUGACAGCGAGAUUAAACUCAAGCAACAAUACAUCAAAAUCUGUAAGAAUCUGCCAUCAUUUGGUUGUAAACUGUACCAGGUGAAGGAACUGCUGAGAGGGAACACCCAGAAAAAGGCUGUUCGCCUCCUGGGAAUUGCCACUGACAAAAUUGUUUUGUUGGACAACAAGACCAAACUCCUACUGAAGACUCAGAGUAUACGAGACCUUGAGGAGUGGAACACAGGAAGUGGGAAAUAUCACGAUGGCCUCGUACUGGAGUUUCGUGGUACCAAACCAUGGCACCUCUCCAUGGCAACACUCGAUAACCUCAAGUCUGUUACCGCAGUGUUAUGGGAUGCCUUGGACAUGGAUGGGCGAUUUCUCAACAAUGGAACUCUCCGAAGGGAUAGUUUUGAGUUUGAUUUUCAUAGAAAACCACCAUUAUUGCGGCCAGCUUUGGAGGGAGGAAGCAAAUACUCCGAGGAACUAGAAAACCUACAGAGACUGUUACACUUUCCAGAAGAGGUUGCGAUAUUGCUGACCGAUAUGGAGCACACAUUGUUUAAUGAGAUACCUCCGUCCCACUACAUACGACAAGUGACCACUGACCUGUCCAGGGGGUCAACAGUCUACAGGAAGCUGUCCAGCGUGGAGGAUCUCAUACAGAGAUUUAAUGAGGUCAGUUCCUGGGUAACUCAGCUGAUCAUCACCCAGCCUACACACGAGGAUCGUAAGGCCAUACUGUCGUGUAUCCUCCGACUAGCCUUUUACUGUUGGUGCCUCGGAAACUUUAACACCACGAUGGAGAUAGUUGCUGGACUCAAGUCUGAGAAGCUGAAACCAUUUUGGUUGUCCCUGUGUGAUGAAGAUUUAUCUACCCUUCAUAUGCUCUCCAAUUUCCUGUUGUCUCGUGAGCUGACCCAGGAGUAUCGAGAAGCAGUUGGGCGUGGCCUUGACAUUCCAACUUGUAAAGUGGUGCCAUUUUUUGGUGGAUUUCUCCGAGAGCUUCGUGCACUUUUUAUCAAUGUUCCAAGUAUCAUUGUUCUACCUUCGAAGGAAAACCAGUCUCUGGAGUUUAUCUCAGAUUUUAAUGGAGAAGAUCGUUUCAUGACAAGGAUCGGUGUCGGAGGCCUUAUUAACAUGGAUAAGCUACAGCAGACUCAUACGAUCCUCAAUGACAUCAGUCUCUUCCAUCACCAUGGCAAGGGCCAGGAAACAGCGCAGCGUGAGGAGGAAGAGGUCAAAAGUCAGGAAGAGUUUGUUGUUGAGGAAGUUGAGAAUGAGGAGAACGACUGCGAGAGUGAUUAUGACCUUGACCUUGAUUCCUACCAACCAGUUCAGCCAAUCAUGAACGAUCAUGAAGUAGUUGUCAUAACACCCAAACUGGCAGGUCUAAGUCACCACUGGCUUCAGUGUAUGCACCAUGGAAGCACGGUAAUACACAUUGAGGAUGACAGUUGUCGUACGUACGUGUGCUACCUCAAACUUGAACUGGACAACACUACGUUAACUUGGAGGAAACCCUCCUGGAGCUCGCUCAUGCCUGGAAAUACGUCCUACCCAGAUUAUAUGUUGAAGGGAGAAUCCGAUUCUAGCUCCACUCAAGCGUUAAGUAUUCGCUACACAGGCGGAGAAGAUGUAUACGACACACUGGAAGAAGGCUUUGUAGAUCUCAAACUUGUAAAAGAAGUUUCCCAUGGAAAUGAGGAAUCUCUGGAUCUGAAUUUAGUUGGGAAGCGACACAGUAUGGACGAUUUGGAGGCCAAAGUGAAUAGUAUAUAUAUUCUUUAUGGUUCCGGACAUUUAGAAAACAAGCGGUUAUGGUUUGUUGCACCAAAAAACAUGUGUAAGAUCUGGUUGUUAGGGUUACAGAGGCUUAUCAAGGCAGCUCACAAGCUGCGACGUCAAACGGACAAACGGAUACAACUUCUAAAGAAUCAAUAUCUACAGUUGUAUUACGACAACGAGAAGUGUGUUGGACCAACACCUGCUGAGGCUAUCAAGGUGUUUGGCGGACGUCGAUGGCAUGUAGAACGACAACUAAUGAGUACACAGGAUGUGCCCGCCUCUUUCAAACGUACUGGUAGCUUCGUCACUUCAAAGAUAUUUAACAAAAAGUCAAAUACUGGAUUUUCAAAUUCCAAGGAGUCGAGUGUUCGAGGAUCAGUAUCUAUAGCCCCCAAUAUGUCUUCAUCAGACUUACAGAAAAUGUCAUCCCAAAAAGGGCACCGGACGCCAAGUCCACUUCGUAAAAACAAGUUAUCAGAUCUCAGCAAAUCUUCAGUGCCAUGUUCAAGUGAUCCAAACUUACAUCAGAAUCAGAGCACUCAAAAGCCAAGUGGAAGUCCAAGCCUUGGUUUCAGACCUAGAAGUAUGACGUUUAGUUUUACAAACCGUUAUCGAUCCAAGCGUCGUCGUAUGUCGUUGGGUAUGCGUACCAACGACAAUAAAAUGACACCAAUUACAGAUUCUUCUCAACUGACAUUCCUGGAUUUUGUAGAUCUGUUUAAAUCCUUUAGUCUACGAUGUAGACGAGAUCUCAAGGACUUGUAUGAACAGCUGGCAUUGACAAUGAAACCAACGCCAGGUAAAGACAUUCCGACAGCCCUCAGGACACAUGCGUAUAAUUCCGCCAGUAAUGACACAUGCAUAAUUACUAGAAACAAUGCCUUAGACCUUACAAAAGACAGCCAGCAGCGACGUAAGAUCUGUGACGCCAUCGCAGUGGCAAGUAUCGUGGCUAACUGUGCCGGAGUGGAUACCUCACAGAACAGGUGUAUCGGUCUGAAGGAGUUCCGCGAAUUUCUGGGAGACCACCAGGAGGAAUAUCUAGAUGAUGAGGAAAUCAUAGAGCUCAUACAGCGCCACGAGCCAGACAAAUUUCUUAGGGAAACCUGUUGCCUGUCAUUUGAAGGAUUUGCCCGAUACCUUAUGGAUAAGGAUAAUUAUGCUUACCUUCACGAAAAAACCAAACACAAUGAUGAGGACAUGGACCAUCCUCUGUCUCACUACUAUAUAGCAUCCUCACACAACACGUACCUCACUGGCCACCAGCUGACAGGGGAGUCCUCAGUUGAUCUCUACAGCCAGGUGUUGUUGAUGGGCGGCCGUUGUGUAGAGUUAGACUGUUGGGAUGGAGAUGAUGGUAUGCCAAUUAUUUACCAUGGCCACACUCUCACAACCAAAAUAUCUUUCAAGGCUGUUGUGGAGGCCAUCAACAAGAGUGCCUUUGUGAUGUCACCCUACCCAGUGAUCAUGUCCAUAGAGAACCAUUGUUCUAUCCUCCAGCAGCAGAAGAUGUCUCUGAUUUUCCAGAGUGUGUUUGGAGAAAAACUGGUGACCACAUUCCUUUUUGAGUCGGACUUCUGUGAAGAUCCUCAGUUACCAUCACCAUGCCAGCUCAAAUUUAAAAUCCUCGUAAAGUACAAGAAGAUACGUCACCAGGAAAGCUACACCCUGAAAAAGGUACCCUCCUGUCCCAGAACAAACAGCAUGGUCUCAACUGAGAGCACAUCUAUCUCUAUCAAUGACUUUGAUGAUGAUGACGAUGAUGAUGAAGAUGAAGAUGAGAUAGGUGAUGUGAAAGAACUAAGGACAUCUGUCGACAGUCAAGAUAGUCAGACUGGAGAACAGGAUGACAAGGGACGUAGCUCUGGGUCACGAGCUCGAACAGAUUCCUUCCUGGACUACCAGUCAAGACCAUCCUCUGGAUCAUUUGGAGAGAAGACUCGUCCAAAGAGCCAUCCGGACCUUGACUGGCAGUUUGAGGAUGAUAUCCAGGAAAUGAAGACGCCCCCAAAAACUAAACAGAAAAAGGCAAGCCAGAUAGCCAAAGAGUUGUCUGAUCUUGUUAUCUAUCUACAAGCCAUCAAGUUCAGGGGAUUAACUGUCAGCCCAAACACCUCCAUGAGGAAGAAACCAGCUGGCAAGAAAGUCCUUUUAGGAAGCAAUCCUGGAACCCCACCUCUUGUCUCUGAUAAACAAGACAUGAACAUUUUCUCUGGCUAUUCUCGUCAGCGUCGUCCAGACAGCACUCCGCCAUGUUACCUUGUGUCCUCUUUAAAUGAAAGCAAGGCAAAACAACACUGUAGAAGGAACCCCAUCGGUGUCAUUAAUCAUACAGAGAAACAGCUGAUGAGAACUUACCCUGCUGGCAUGAGAAUUGAUUCGUCCAAUUUCAAUCCAGUCAUUUUCUGGGCCUUUGGAAUUCAGAUGGUUGCCCUUAACUACCAGACAGAGGACACAGCGAUGAUACUCAACACGGCCAUGUUCGAGCAGAAUGGACAGAGUGGAUAUGUCCUGAAGCCUGCCACUAUGUGGGAUAAAAGUCACAUGAUGUACAACCACUUCAACCCUUGGGACAAGACUUUUGAUGGUCUUCACGCUACUGUUCUUACCAUUCAUGUGAUAUCUGGUCAGUACGUCAGUAAUAAUCAUACGGCAAGUACAUACAUAGAGGUGGAACUGCUUGGAAUACCAGUCGACUGUGCCAAACACAAAACAAAGGUUGUACCGCGCAACGCACUCAACCCCAUCUGGAACGACUACUUCACAUUCCACGUGAUGUUUGCAGACCUUGCCUUUUUAAGAUUCGUCGUUGUGGAUGCCAACACAAGCCAUAUGGUCUCGCAGCGUAUCAUUCCACUCAAGUGCCUUCGUGCAGGAUACCGCCAUGUUCGGUUGCGAAGUCCAACCAAUCAGCCAUUAGAGCUAGCCACAGUGUUUAUAAACUCUAAACAUGAGGAAGAGUCACUGUUAGCCUGCUCCUCCCACGAUAUAAAUGGCCACGACAGUGCCUCAGCCAAGCGCCGCCUAGUGUUCGCCAAGGUCAAGGACAUGAAUGAAAAGGACACCAAAGAACUGAGUCCCACAGGAGCCAGAGUGAAGCGUAGAAUGUUCUUCAUCAGUGUAUUUGGAGUCAACGCUCCUGAUAAAUAUGUCAUACUCAAAGUUACACAGGACACGACGGUCUAUGAAACCAUAGCUCAGGCCCUGAUGAAGGCUGGCCGUGUGGAGGAGAAGGUUACUGACUAUGUUUUGGUUGAGGAGGUACAGAGUGGCUGGGAGCGCUCUAUGUCACAGAGAAUACUGGAUAUGAUGGAGAAAGUUCUUAUUGCCCAGAACCAGUGGAAGGGAGCUGGUAAAUUCCUUCUCCGCAAGCUGAGCGAUGAUCCGAGCAGUCGGGCAUGGAUGACCACCAUGUUAUCCAUUGAACAUAGACGGAAGGUGGAAGAGUCUGCCGAUACUGCCGACUGGGACAGCGUGGAACAGGUGUUUCUGGUGUGUGUCUACAACGUAGCGCCAGACCAACCCUACACCAUCUUCAAAGCUCCCACCUCCAGCACAGCCCAGGACAUCAUCACACAGGCUAUGAUGAAAGCACAUCGGACUGAUACAGACAAUCUACGUAAACUGGUGCUGGUGGAGGAGUUGGAGAUGACUGCUGCAGAGUCACUGGGGGUCCACACGCGGCGCCACAGUGGUGAACAUAUAGAACGAAGAAUUCUCUCACCUGAUGAAAAUGUCUAUACAGCCCAAUCAGAAUGGAUUACCAAUGGCAAAUUUGUGAUCAUGGACUAUGCAGAAUUUGAAUCCAGUGAAAAUCAGGACAAGAAGAAAGGAAAAUCAGCGAAGAUCAAAUCGGACAAAGGAAACCUCGCAAAACAGAAGAGUACGAAACGUCUAUCCAAGUCAUCAUCCGUGCCACCUGAGAAGGAGCUUUUCUGUUCUGCAACUUCAGGUUCCUCCAGCGGUGGGUCCUCCAUAUUUCCAGACCUCAGUCAAGCUCUCUUAUCUCAGCAAACUACACCAAAGACUUCAUCCAAGCUCAAGAAGUUUUCAGCCAAAUUCUCAUCCAAAUCUUCAAGAUGAUAAGCUAUAAUUCUACAUUGUGUUUCUAUAUAUAUGUACGAGGCCAUAGUAAGACUGAACAAUGAGAGAGAUGUAGUUAUGAUACAAGAGUUACCUACCCUGAUUAAAGAGUUUGUUAAACAUACUGGGAUUGAA